AUGGUCACUUGGUACAUUUAUGGGAAUUGGGACAAGCUCGAGAAACGGCUAGUUACAGGGUUUUUGAGUCGGAGCAUGCUUCGCGCUUGCUCCAGCCUACGUGCAGUAGCUAGGUUUGCUUCGGAGGACAUAAAGAGGAAAACGUUUGUGAGCGCUAACGGCCUGGUUGUUGCCUGGCAUCCACCGUCGACGUUCCCUUUCGAGCACACGAAGCCCAUUGAUUUGCAAGCGCUGAAUCCUGAUAAGGAGGAAGGCCCACUGAAAGAAGGCUCACUUCAACAACGCCCACGAGCCCCCGUCAACGCCGAGCUCAAGGAGAUUUUCUACACCACCAAGCACGAGUGUCGCCGUGCAAUGCUUCUCACUACACGUCUUUCUUCUAUCCAAAUAAUCCGCCCCGGUCUCGUCUCCUACGCUCAAGGCCUCCUUCUCCAAGAGGAUUAUAUAAAGAAAGUCGCCGAAUCAAAGGACAAACCAUAUUCUAGCAAUUAUCUUCUCUGCCUCGAACAUUCCCCUGUUUAUACAGUCGGCAUUCGCUCCAAGGUUUAUUCCGACGACGAGGAGAAGCAUCUCAAAAGUUUGGGCGCAGAUUUUCAUAGAACUAGUCGCGGCGGUCUAAUCACUUUCCACGGUCCGGGCCAGCUGGUGGUAUACCCGAUCCUAGAUUUACGGCGCUUUUCUCCCCGUCGUUUUGGCGUACGGGCUUACGUUGAUGCCCUGGAACAGGCAGUAAUCGACUGUGUCAGCGAGGAUUUCAAUGUUUCGGGCGUCGGGCGCAGUCGGGACAACACAGGCGUCUGGGUGGGCGACAACCGUAAGAUAUGUGCCAUGGGAAUUGCCGUGAAAGAGGGGAUCACUUCGCACGGGUUGGCCAUGAAUUGCAACACCGAUCUCCGCUGGUUUUCCCAUAUUGUCGCUUGCGGUAUCCACGGCGCUGAGGCCACAUCCCUUUCCAGAGAAACGGGGAGUGACGUCAGUACAGAUAUGGUCAUCCCGCUCUUCGCCGCCCGGCUGUCCCACGUCUUCGACUGCUCUGUAGACGAAGCCUCGCCCGUGUCCCAUAUUUCCAAUAGC